CCGGUUAGACCAUCCGGUUAAAUCCAGUACAACAAGAAGUUUAAAUUUAACUGAAUCUUAUCCCAAAGCCCACAACUUUGAAAGCCCAAUUUGACGAUCGAUCCACAUUAGUAGUACUAUCUCUCCCUCCAUCACAUCACACCCAUGACCCACCCACCACCAAAACCAAGUUUUCGCGCCACCUAAUUGUAUAUAUAUUGAUUUUCCCUCCCAAUUUUACAUUUACAGUCUGAAACCCUAGAUCGGCAUGGAAGAACAAAUUAGAUCUGAAUUCAAGAAGAACAACUUUGUUCUAGUUGAAGAAGAAACUAUACUUGAAAAAUGUCUUACGUUUUGUAUAAAUUACAAAUUAAGUCCUUCAGAUCUUGUUUCCAGCUGGGAUUUAUAUUCUAUCAACAGGCAACUAGAAUUAACAGUAUCCGAUGCUCAUAUGGAUGCAUUUCGACAGCAACUACAAAGUGAACAGAAACAAGCUAUUAUCGAAAAGGAGCAAGAGCUCCAUUCAUACACAGAUGUCACCAUGGAGGUCGUUGUUGACGAUGAAGAUGAUAAAGAGGUUGUCCCUUCAUCUCCAGAAGUACAAAAAGUUGUACAGUUGGAGUCAUUUGAUGCGACACCACUAACAAAUGGGAAAAUGCAUUCCUUGGGGAAACCAUUGGAUCUUUUGACACCCUUUGGGCAACGGAAGGACAAGUUUGUGGUACACUCUACUCUUACUAGCCUACCCACAGUUCAAGAUAUCAAGAAGGAGCAGGGUGAGGAUAAUUCUGAUGAUGAUGUCAUCAAGAGGGUACAACCUAGCGAAAGGUGUUCGCUUGAAGUUCAUUCUUCCCAACCUGCAUCUGGAUGCAAGUACAUGUAUGACAGGAUAGAAGACAAGUUCAAUUGCCUUGAAGAUAGAAUCGUGAAAUAUUCAAAAGCCCUUGCUGCAUCUCAGCUUUUUGAGGAACUUGUGGAUCCUUCUGUUGCUUCACAAAAAAGUAUAACUGCGGUUGGCAUGAUUUGCUGUGAUGAAGAAGGUCGUUUAAAGGAAAAACCAAUUGUACUUCAAAGCAGUGUUGAGCAUUCUGGAGGACAACGUGUGCGACUUGACUUGCAGAAAUUGGACCAGUUUUCCAUUUUCCCAGGCCAGGUGGUGGGUGUUGAAGGACAUAACCCAAGUGGCCACUAUCUGAUUGCAACAAAAAUUAUUGAUUAUGUACCACUAUCAGUUUCUGAUGAUGGAAAUCCUCGUCAAACAAAAAGACAAGCCUUGGAUCAGGAUAACCAGUCUGCUGACUCGCCUGAUGUACCAUUGGAUCUUUCAUUGAUUAUUGCUUCGGGUCCUUUUACCACAACUGAUAACUUAUAUUUUGAGCCUCUAUCUGAUCUUCUAGCAUAUGCACAACGAAAACAGCCUCAAUUACUUGUAUUGUUAGGGCCGUUUAUAGAUUCUGAGCACCCUGAGAUCAAGAAAGGAGCUCUAAAUAGGACAUAUGAUGAAUUGUUUCGUGUUGAAGUUCUUAGAAGGCUUCAAGAUUAUGUGGAAUAUAUGGGUUCAGCUUCGCGUGUGUUGCUUGUGCCAUCUGUACGUGAUGCACACCACGAUUAUGUAUUUCCUCAGCCAGCUUUUGAUAUCAAACAAGCUGAUUUAAAUCAUCAGAUUACUUGCAUUACAAAUCCAGGAAUCAUUUCAGCAAAUAAGGUGAAGGUAGGUUGCUGCAGUGUGGAUGUGUUGAAACAUCUUAGCACUGAUGUAGUCUCACGGGGCAUCAAGAAUCGCAUGAAUACACUAACGAACCAUCUCCUGAGCCAACGCAGUUUUUAUCCACUAUACCCGCCCGCAGAAGACACUCCGUUGGAUUUAUCUCUCUCCCCAGAAACUCUUCAGAUGUCGCUCAUUCCAGAUAUCCUCAUCGUCCCUUCAGAUCUCACUCAGUUUGUCAAGGUUUUGAGCCUUGAGGGAACAAGCGACGGAGAAGAACAAGUGAAGUGCAUUGGUGUGAAUCCAGGAAGAUUAGCUAGAGGUGAAGGAGGUGGUCAUUUUGUAGAACUUAACUUUCAUGGCCACCCUGAAUCUUCUUCUGCUUCUGUCAUUCGUAUAUAAAUGACACCUUGAGCAAAACCAUUUGAAAGUCAGCUUCGGUAGCAAGACCCACCAAAUUACUCAGCAUCUCAACGUUCUUGCAAGUUAACAAUGCUGAUUGCUGAACCGCUUCCAAGGGAACUUUUUUUUUUUUCAUAUGCAACAAAAUUAGUAUCAAGUUGUAAUUAAUAUGUACCAUGUUGGGUUUACAUUGACUGUUUUUAAAUCCAUGGCAACAUGUUAGCUUAUAGUGUUUGUAUUUCCAAUUUCAUCAUCAUAGUAUGGUGCUAGUUAUAUUAUCUAUGUUAUCUUAGUUAAAUUUACGAAUGGUUUAUCUUA